GCAACGUAUCAGGGGCAUUACCGAUAUGGAGGAACUUCAUCAAACAUUCGCGUGAGCGUUGGCUCUCUUCGGGUCCGGAUCCAUUAAACCAAGUGAAUGUCCUUCAUCCUAACCCAAGAGCCAUCCUGAGACUCUCGGUAAGUUAGAUUCGUAGUUGUUAAUAUGAGUCUCAGCGGUUUUUUGAGAUGGGCACGGCUGCCCGACACUGAUGUGGCCGAGUCCAACGUGUGGAUCAACGAAGACAUUAGGCCUUUACCUCCAAGCCGUCGAAGAUGGACGACAUCGAUUUUUGGCUCAACUGACACUGUGAUAGUUUCCAAUUGGCAGCUCGGCGCAUCUCUCGUCGCUGCUGGACUAUCUGUCUGGCAGAGCGUGAUUGCCAUUGUCAUCGGCAAGGUCAUCAUCGCCCUCGUUGCCAUCUUCAACGGACACGUAGGCGCUCAUUGGCACAUUGGAUUUCCGGUUGUUUCACGAUAUAUCUGGGGUGUGUACGGGCAGUACAUCAUCCUGAUCCAGAGAAUCAUCCUUAGUUUGGUGUGGUUCGCUGUGCAGUCAUGGACUGGAGGUUUGACAGUUGUCAACUGUCUUUCGGCAAUCUUCCCUUCAUUCGAAUCGCUAGGCAACGUGUUCCCCGAGUCUUCGCACCUUACCACCAAGGACUUUAUCGGUUGGAUCAUUUUCAACAUCCUCCUCAUCCCCAUCCUCUACGUCCGGCCUGAGAGGAUUCAGAAAAUCCUUCUUGCUUUCAACAUCGUCUCUUCGAUUACUCUGAUAUCCAUCAUGAUAUGGGCUUUAGCCACAGCCGGCGAAGCAGGGUCUUUGGUCCGCCAAGGGUCAAAGCAAAUGUCCUCAAGCGAACUCGGCUGGCAAAUCGUCCACGGCAUCACCACGGUCAUCGGCAGCAUCGCUGUCGGAUUGACCAACCAGCCGGACUACUGUCGCUUUGCUCGAAAGCCCGGAGACCAGGUCUUCGGACAAUGGUUUAGCAUCAUCUUCUUUGGAGCCAUCUUCCCUACCUUUGGUUGCUUGGCUGCUUCCGCGACUGGCGUCAUCUACGGUGAACCAAUCUGGAACCCACCCUUGAUCGUUCAAGCAUGGUUAGAUACAAACUACAAUGCCAAAAGCCGUGCAGGGGCCUUCUUUGCUGGACUUGGUCUCUUAUGUAUCCAACUGAGCAUCAACUCUGUUGAUAACGCAUUCUCCGCCGGCAUGGAUCUGUCUGGUCUGUUCUGCCGAUACAUCAACAUCAGACGCGGGGCCUACAUCGGUCUCGUGCUGAGCAUCGCGCUUUGUCCGUGGGAGCUCCUGUCAUCGGCAGCUGUCUUCAUCAGUGUCCUCUCUGCUUACAGCGUCUUCCUUGGUCCCAUUAUCGGCAUCCAGAUCUGCGACUACUUCAUCAUCCGCAAACGUAGAAUCAAGUUGUCGGAUCUCUAUCACCCUCGUCCGGGUGGCUCUUUUUACUAUUACAAGGGCUUCAACCCCAGAACCUUCAUCGCCUGGGUGUGUGGUUUUGCGACGCAGCUCCCAGGUUUUGCCGCGAGCGUUACCCCUAACAGCGUCAAGGUUGCGGAGGGUUGGAUCAAUCUCUAUUACUUGGCGUUCCCACUAGGCUUCGCUAUAUCAUUCUUGCUUCAUCUGGGCAUCAACACCAUCUGGCCCCCUCCGGAAGCUGGUGUUAUUGAUGAGGUGGACUACUAUGCGACUUUCACUGAUGAUGAGGCAAGGAAGCUUGGAGUGUUGCCGCUGGAUACCGAGAUCAUUGAGGGCUCUCACAAGGGUGUUGAGGGGCAUAACCCCGAGAAGGGGCCUCGAACUUGGCUGAAGUCUAUGCUGGGUUAGGUCGGACAUGUUUAUUUACGUGAAUCUCGUACAUGUGAUGCUCAAGAUAACAGGCA